CAGUUGAAUUUAUGAUUUUAUAUUGAAUGGAUCGAUUUAAAUUAAGUUUAGUAGCAUUUAAAGUUAUUUUUCCUAAACAUGAGCACAAAAUCCCAAAAUAAAUCAGAACACAAAUUAAAAACGAAAGUUUUUGUUGAAAGAAAAUCCCUUCUCACCGAAUUAUUAGAAACAAAAAAUUUCUUAACGGUGAAAUGCUUAUUAUAUGCAGUUUUGUUUGGAUUUGUUGGAAAUGAUAUUGUUUGUGGUUUAAUAUUUCGCAAAGAAGUAAAUUAUGGUUUAAGAUUGGUUAAAAUUGGAUUUAGAAACUUUCAAUGGGUUAUAUUAAUAUGGAUGUCAUUGUUCGCUUUGAGUAUAUUAGUAUUUUACUUGUUCCAAUUAUGGACGUGGUUAAAAAUGAAACAUACCAUCUCAAAAUUUGGAAUAAAAUUAUGGGAUUAUAUUUUUCUCCUGCUCUUCUUAUCUUACUAUUCUACCAUAUUUAUCGUCCUACCUUUACUUACUAAACAUUAUAAUCUAGGUGUUGUAUCCAACAGUGUCAUUCUUAUGGAAGCGGUCAGAAUUUUAAUGAAAACACAUUCAUUUAUACGACAUAACGCUCCAUUAGUUAAUAACUACAAACCACACAGCGAUCAAGAUUUCUUUGCACCAACAUUAAACCAGUAUCUGUAUUUUUUUUUUGCACCCACAAUGCUUUAUAGAUCAGAAUAUCCACGACGAAAUGAUGUUAACAAAACAUAUGCUUUUCAAUGUUUCCUCGAAGUAAUUCUUAUUAUUUGGUUACAAAGUUACGUUAUGGAUGUAUUUUUUAUAAAAAGAUUUGAAAAUAUUGACGUGCUAAAAAUGCCUUGGUCAGAUGUUUUUAUCGCAAUAAUGCACAGUACUGUUGGUGCCUUUCUUAUAAUGACUACGGUAUUUUAUUUAUUACUAGAUAGAUGGUUAAAUGGAUGGUCUGAAAUUUUGCGAUUUGCCGAUAGAAGAUUUUAUGAGGAUUGGUGGACAAGCACAAAUUAUUCUUUUUAUUUAAGAACAUGGAACACAGUCGUUCAAGAUUGGUUAUUUGAAUACGUUUACAAAGAGUUUUAUGAAAUAAUUAUUCCUAAAAAUAAAAGACUAGCAAAGAUCAUGGUAUUUCUUGUAUCUGCUGUAGUACACGAAUACGUUUUAAUUUUUAUGUUGGACGAAUUUUUUCCGUUGUUAUUCAUAAACUUUUUUGGAUUAGGUCAAUUUUUAACCAGUUACUACAUCGACAGCAAACAUCCUUUCUUUAAUAUGGGAAUGUUGUACAGUUUAUCUUUUGGAAAUAGUAUACAACUUUGUUUGUACACAAUGGAAUUUUACACACGACAAUAUUGUCAGGAUACCAGUUCAUGGUCUUAUUUUAAACCUAGAAUAUUUAAUCAUGAGUGUUUCAAUAGUACGUUAUAAUGUAAUUUUUUAAAUAGUUAAACAUUUAUAAUAAAUAUUUCCAAAUAUUCA